CGGGCAUUUGUAGUCGCUGAGUUCAGCUCAACGCCGCUGGUUUAGACACUCCCCGUAAGCUCAAAAUACGCUCCAGCCAGAGGCUGGAACUAAAAAACUGCAAAUAGAUAUCGGCCACCGCCUCCCCACACACCCCCCCCACCAGCAAACACACAGGCAGCAGCAGAGCAGCCAUGCUUAACUAGACGUAAAAAAAAAAACCAAAGAAGUACACAAAAAUAGUUCAUCAAGGGAGAGCCGAUUGCAGGAUAUUCCCAGAGACAACAAAAAAGAGAGAGUCACAGAGAUCAUCAACCAGCAGCAUGUCGCCCAAAGACGGUAGCCUGGACGAUGCCAAAUAUACUGUCAGUGAUUCGCCACCAUCCUCGCCAGCGGCUGCAGCCCAACCCACACAGCCCACACAGCCGGAACAGGCCUCAGCCGCCGCCGCGUGCCCCGUGAAGAUGACACCAAAAGCGACUGCAACUGGGACUGGGACUGGGACGACUGGGACCACGGCAGAUGUGAAGCGAACAUGGCGCGAAAAGUUUCGCCUGAUAUCGAAUAAUAUCACCGUGGAGCCCAUACUGGCGGCAUACAUUAUGCCCAGCGUGCUGUCCAAUUUGGCCACACAGAAUCUCAAUCUGGAGAAGGCAUGUCGCGUGAAUAUGGCCUACGGGGAUGUGGUGUGCGAUGCUCUAACACGCCGCCAAACGGCCAAUUAUACCAUGGAAGAGGAAACGGUGCAGCAGAUGGUGGCUAGAAUGGCCGCCUGGAAGACAGUGAUCCAAUCGCUAUUCCCCUGCCUGUUGAUCCUGUUUUGGGGCUCGUGGAGUGAUCGUCAUCGACGUCGCAAGCCCUGCAUGCUCAUACCAGUGGUGGGUGAAUUUCUGGGCGUUGUCGGUCUGAUGCUGUGCGUUUACUUUGAGGAUACACCCAUGGAGGUGGCCGCCCUCACGGAGGCCAUCUUUCCAUCCCUGAGUGGGGGCUGGUUCACCAUGCUGAUGGGCGUUUUCAGUUACAUUGCGGACAUCACCACCGAGGAGGAGCGCACUCUAAGGAUUGGCAUACUCAACGUUUGCUUCUCUGUGGGUGUGCCCAUUGGCAUGGCCUUCAGUGGGGUGCUACUCAAGCAAAUCGGUUUCUAUGGCGUCUUCUCCAUCUCGGCCUUCUUCUAUGUGGUGGCCUUUGUCUAUGGCUUCUUCUUUCUGGAGGAGCCGACGGCCCGGCCCGAGAAGAGUCCCACGCAAAAGAGCCUGCUGGCCGAUUUCUUUGACAAGGAGCAUGUGGUGCAGACGUUCCGUGUGGCGUUCAAGAAGGGCGAGAAUCAGCGACGCAAACGCGUCAUUCUGCUGAUGAUCGUUGUGAUGGUGAUCAUUGGUCCGCUGCAUGGCGAGAUGGCUGUGACGUAUCUGUUCACCAGAUUCCGCUUCAACUGGUCGGAGGUGGAGUUCAGCUUCUUCUCCACCUAUGCCAUGUUCACGGGCCUCAUCGGUGUCAUCUUCUGCGUGGGCAUUCUCUCGCACAAGCUGGGCAUUGACGAUGCCCUCGUGGGCGUUCUGUCCAGCACCUCGAAGAUCCUGUCCGGCUUUGUCUAUGCCUUUGCCACGGUGCCGUGGCACAUGUAUCUGGGCGGACUGGUGGAGAUCUUCAAUGGCACCGCCUUCAUUGCCAUGCGCUCGAUAGCCACCAAGCUGGUCUCCAAGGACGAACUGGGCAAGGUUAACUCGCUGUUUGGUGUCGCCGAGGCCCUAAUGCCCAUGGUAUUUGCACCGAUGUACACGACACUGUACGCGGCCACACUGAGGGUGCUGCCGGGCGCCUUCUUUCUGCUUGGCGGUGGCCUAACCAUGUUCUCCGUUGUCAUCUUUCUUUGGAUGUACCGCUUCCAGGUGCAGCAACGUCGCCAGCUGGCGCGCACCGAUGCGGAACGGGCAUCGAUCAAGGAUCCCAAUGGCAACAUCAACACCAUUGAGGCUCUGGCCCUGGCCAGCGAGGCCAAGGGUCAAAUGAAUGGCAUCAUUUCCAAUGUGAUACACGAAUCCCUCGAAACAUCCGCUCCAGCUUCAGUUCCAGCUUCAGUUCCAGUUCCAUCGCCGCCUAUUCUGGGCAUUGAGAAUCAGGCCUAUGUGCCUGAGGAGCAGGGCAAGGCCAAGGAGGCCUAGGGCUACGAUUGGUUGGGUAUUUGUCUGUGUAACAUAUGCGUAUUAUCCUUUUGUUUGUCCUAUUGUACAUAUACAUAUUCUGCUGUGGGAAUGCAUACAGGGAGAUCAAUCGAUUGGAGUUACGUUUCCAGAGUUUCUAGUGCAUCUUUUUCGAUCAAAGCUCCCACGAAGACAAUUUCCAUACGCUGCUGGCUCUGCUGUUCUCUCCUGCAUGCCCCCCCCCCCCCCCGCUCUAACCGUACUUUAU